AUGGAAUCUACCCACGAAAAUAAAAAAGAUAAAAAUACUGAGAAACCUAUUAAAGCUUCAAGAGUCAGAUGGACUGAACCUGCUAUUAAAGCUUUAUUGUCUUUUCUUCUUGAACAUAAAGAAAAGCUUGAAGAUUUAAAGUAUAAACGUGAUGCUACAUCUAAUCCAAAGAGUGUUCAAUUGUGGAAAGAUGCUGAAGCUUUUUUUUUGACUUUUGAAUUUGAACAAUCUUAUAGUGUUGUUCAAAUUGCUAACAAGUGGAAGAAUUUAGUAGAUAAUUAUAAGUCGCAACUUGCAGCUUCAAAAAAAAGUGGUGGACCUCCCAUUGUUAUUCAAUAUAAAGAAGAGAUUGAGGCAAUUUUGAAUAAGUAUAGGCCUACAUUAAAUCCAAAAUCUUAUGAUUUGCCUCAAUUUUCUUCAAAUUUCAUGUACUUGCAAAGAAAUUUACAAACAUCUUUACCAUCUUUUGCACAAUUGGAUGAUUCUGAAUAUAAAAAUGAUAGAAAUGAUAGCUCAUGCACCCAAUAAUAAAUAAUGUAAUUCUUUUAAAUGUUUUAUGAAAUAAAUUGGAAAAUAUAUGUUUGUAACAAUUUUUUUAAUUCAUUGAUUUAUUACUUAAUUAUUAUUUGUAUUUAAAUAUCUCCUCUGAUGAUUAUUCCAUAAUAAAUCACAUAUUGCAUUUCUUAUAGCAUUACCUUCUGAUGUUUCAUUAACAUUUGUUUCACUAUUUACAUCAGUUCCUGUAUCAUGAUAUUGUUCUUCUGGUUGUAAAAAAUCGCGUCUUUCUUCACAAAUAUUAUGGAGUAUACAACAAGUAGUUAUUAUAUGUGGUAUUAUUUCAAAUGAAACUUCUAAACUAUGAAGAAGACA